CUUCUACCCAAACGAGAACAAUGAACUUUUUACUGAUCAGUCUUCUGCUCUUUUCCAUUCUUGGAGUAAGUCUGGAGUGGCAGAGCACCAAUGUGGUGGUCCACCACGUAGUAGGGAAAAAACCACAUUGUCGACCACAUUGUGCGAAAGUCUGCAAAAACCAACGCGUCGGGAAAUGCCGAAAACUCCACACUCACCCUCCUCGUCAACAGUGUACAUUCAUUAAUAAACCAGUAUGUCAUAAGAAGUGCACGCAACGAUGCAGAAGGUGAUACCACCGCAAUGCACUGCAGAAGAGAAGCUCGAUACAGGUUUCGCAUUCUUGGAGGCACCUGAUAAUUUGUUGUGGUUUUUUGUUCUAACUUUGAAAGUAAGUGGUCACUUUGAUUUAAUUAUAUGUAUUCAGUAAAUAUUACUGACUAUUAGUUUGUUUCUUUGAACCCUUG